UUGUUUUUCCCGCCCGCAGCCGCAGCAUAGAUACCGUGGGAUUUAUCAAGUUUUCUCCUUUCGCUUGAUCUUGAUGCCGAAAUACUUCACCUCCGGCGCACGUUAGUCUUAUCCACCGUCAAUGGCUAAUCGGCAGUCACUGGAUUUUUCCAAAACUCAACGUGUAGUCCUCCUCAUUGACCUAGAUCCAAUUCUCACGCUCCAAAACCCUUCCCCCUACUUCUCCGCCGUCAUAUCCGCGGCAAAUCGCCUCCUCCGAUUUCCUCCGCUCGCGGCCACCCUCUCCGCCUUCAAACUCUUCUUCUCCUCCCUCUCUCCGCUGCGUUGCGCCGCAGCUCUCCCUCGCGAUCUCUCUACACGUUCCCUAUCCUUCAAUCUCCCCCAAGAGACUCUCGGAUCCCUCUCCACAACGUUAAAUUGCAUAUCUAGCUCCGAUCCGCCGAAUUCAGCGUGCUGCCCCCGCGCUUCGAAUGCCGCCAGCUCGCUGCUUCAAUUGGUUCACGACUACGCGUGGGAGAGCGAGCAGGAUAAGCUCGCCGGUGGUGGUGAAUUUCCAGAUGGAGGUUUUGUGAAAAUUCCUUCUAAUUUAGUUGUUCUGUUUUCGCCAAUUGGCCAGUCUGUUAAUUCAUUGGUUGAUUAUCUGGAAGUGCGUGAGUUUAAUGAUGCAUUUUGCGCUGUUCGAGAAGCAUUUUCUGUUAGGGAUAUUCAUUUGAGUUGGGUUGACGUUAAGAUUGAAACUGAUGAGAUUGAUGAGAAGAAAUAUGGGUGUGGGGAAAAUUUAGUGACGAUCAGGGAUGGGAUCAGGAAAAUUGGAUGGGGUUUUUGUUCUAGCGAUUUCAUUGUCUUGUGCUCGGUUUUGUUGCCUCUUGGGCUGAUCUAUCCCCAAAUUGGGUUGUCUUUCGACUUUGCUGAUUUUGGUGGUAUUCGUAGAAGAAAAUAUAGUGGAGAACUGAAUCUUGAGAUAUUGGAUGUGAAAGGGAAGCCUUUAGAAUGUAAGUUCUGUGAUCUCGAGCUUGUGAUUCUAAAGAGUCUAUCUUGUACUAUUGAAACUGAUGACAUUUUUAAUGGAGCGGAAUCUAGAGAUUCACAUAGUUUCUUCAGCCGAAACGCAUUUUGGGCUCAAUUUGGUGAGGGAACAAUGAAGAUACAUGUUAAGAGUGUUCAUAGCUAUAAUGUGCAGGAGAAUACCGGAGGCAUGUCAGAUAUCAUUUUGGUGAGUGAGUGUUUCCAGGAGUCGCAAAAGGAAAAGAAGAAGAGUGGUGCUGACCUUUUCGCAGACAGGGUUCUUGAGAUUCUGCACGAAGAAAUGGGCGGAUUGACUUGCAGGGAUCAGUUGCCCACCUGGCAAAUGUUUUUGAGUUUUCUUCAUAUGAAUGGUUACUGGGCCUCAAUUUCCCUCUCGAGUAGCAAGGGAGAUAUGUUAGUGGGUCGUCUCAAGCCUUUGACCGCUCAUUUGGCUGUUCUCCACAUCUCAGAUGCUGGUUCUCUGAGAGGUAGAAGUGGAUUUAAUGGCGCCAAUCGUGAUUUCUGCAUUGAGGAAAUGAUCGACUCAAACACAUGUUCAGGCUCCCAAACUGAUGCAUCGACGUCUGGUAACUGUAAACAGUAUGGAGAUGGAAAAAGGAAAAGGAGCCAAAGGCAUCUCUAUCAGGAGAUGACAUGGAGUUCUUUCCGCGAAGCAGCUUUUGAAGGAUCAAAUUUUGACUUGUUUGAGCUUUAUACUGCCAGAUAUUUGGAAAAAUCCAAGAAGCUGAAGUUCCUUAAAUGCUGGAUGAAACAUAUUAACAAAGUUGAAGAAUCUUUCUUGAAAAUAUUGCCGGUAAUCAAUUCCAUGGGGGAAACAUCUGGUUUUAAUGUAUUACCGUCCAAGUGUUCUCCAGUGCAAGAGGAAGUUGUGCCUGUUUCUAAAGUAGAGACUCAAGAUGCAUUUUUGAACAUUCUCUCUAAAAGAAUCCGUCAUGGCCUGGAGUCGGGUAUGGACUUGCAGAAGCUGGCAGAGCGCGUUGUCGAAUUCUCCAUUCAUUGGCUGCAUAAGAAGAGUGAGACUGAAGUUAAUGCCGAAGCUCAGCAAUGUGCAGCAACUUCAGAUGAUCUUAAUAGUGAGGAUGUAGUUGGGAAGUUAAUUAAACUCCUACUUAGAUCACCUAAGGAAAUGAAGGAGGUGCACCAGAAUCCAAGUUCCUCUCUAUCAUCGGAAGCUAUAGUUCGAGAAUAUGAGCUGCAGAUUCUGCUUCGAAUGGAGAUUCUGCGGUCAGAUGUUGAGGCACUGAUGAGAGAAUCGAGCAAAAAGAAGCUACUGAAGCAGAUAUGUUCCCAGUUAGAGAUCAUUCAAUUCCUCGUGGCAGGUGGGAUUCACGGUCAUAUUAGCUUAUACGAUUAUGUUGAGCGUACUAUCAGAGCAAGGUAUUCAGACAAGCUCGAAGAUGUUGUGAAAGACAUAUACGCUGAAAUGGACUUGCUGCCUUUUGGUGAGGAAGAUGAAGCUCCGAGCCUACUGUUCAACAGUGAGGAUAGCAGUCAAUCAUGGCGAGAUAAGCAUGAUAGAAAUGACAAAGGCGAGGCCAACAACCUCAACCAUUCAGUCUCUGCUGAGGGAGAGUCCUCACAGCCUCUCACAAGUAUGCACACUAGUCUACAAGAGAGUGGAAUAGAUGAUUAUACACGCAGCCUUAAUGAAGCUCGUGAGAGAAGGGAGAAGGCUCGAAGAUCUGCCCCCUUCGUAAGCAAGGCCCUUGAUCUGCAGAGAGUCUGGGCACCUAAGCAACAACCCAAGGUGACAAAAUGUAAGUAUGAUCCUCGUCCCAGCAAAUCAAAACGGAAGGAUAAGCAUACUCGCAGCUAUAGUGUGGUUUGUGAAACUCCAAUGACUGGAAAUAAACGAGUUUGCUCUGGAGCUGGAACCCAUGAUCUUGGCAGCUCUUCAUUCUCUACUGUUUCCAAGGCUUUGUUUCAAGACAACUGAUGAUUAUUCCAUUCAAUUGAAAAAACUAAUGGCCAAUAAGUUGGUGAAGAACAUUUGUUUUCAUUACUUUCAUGUAUAUCUCAUAUAUUUGCAUAGUUUAAUUAUGAGUUAAUAUUCAGCAAAUGAACGAAGUAACUGAUGUAUUCAUACUCCAUACUUUUCACACCUUGUAUCAAAAUAUCGUGGUGCUGUAA